CCGUGGAGACGCGGGGCGAGUUCCGGGCAGUCAGGUUUGCGGAUGGCCGCGGAGUGUGCGUGAGCUCGGCUGCGGUGAGCGCCAGGAGGCGGAACCACGCGAGAAGGCCGCGGCUCUCCGCAUCCUCACCGGCGCGGGGCCGAAGCGAGACCGGAGAUCCGCCGGCUCGGGACCGGGCCUCCUGCCCGUGCCGGCUCCUCCGCGCUACUCCCACCGCCGGCCAGAGGUGCGCCGGGUGGGUCACGGUGACAGCGGCGCGAAGCCAUCCCUUUCUGUGCGUCCUUUCACUCACCUUCACAGCAGCCCAGCGAGGGGACUGUGGACUGGCACAUCCUCUACCAGUAAUGGGAACUGAUCCUCCGUGGUGGUGCUGAAUCUCUAAAUAUGAUUCGAAUUGCAGCCUUAAAUGCCAGCUCCACAAUUGAGGAUGACCAUGAAGGAAGCUUUAAGAGCCACAAAAUUCAGACAAAGGAGGCCCAGGAAGCAGAGGCUUUUGCCUUAUACCACAAGGCCUUGGAUCUGCAGAAACAUGACAGGUUUGAGGAGUCUGCCAAGGCCUACCAUGAGCUCCUGGAGGCGCGCCUGCUGCGGGAGGCAGUUUCUUCCGGAGAUGAGAAGGAAGGGUUGAAACACCCUGGACUGAUACUGAAAUAUUCUACAUAUAAGAACCUGGCCCAGCUGGCAGCCCAACGAGAAGAUCUAGAGACAGCCAUGGAAUUCUAUUUGGAAGCAGUGAUGCUGGACUCCACAGACGUCAACCUCUGGUACAAAAUUGGACACGUGGCACUGAGGCUCAUCCGGCUUCCCCUGGCUCGCCAUGCUUUUGAGGAAGGACUUCGGUGUAAUCCUGAUCACUGGCCCUGCUUGGACAAUCUCAUCACUGUUUUGUACACCCUCAGUGAUUACACAACAUGUCUCUACUUCAUCUGCAAAGCGCUGGAGAAAGACUGCCGAUACAGCAAAGGUCUGGUCCUCAAGGAGAAGAUUUUUGAAGAGCAGCCUUGUCUCCGGAAGGACUCACUUCGAAUGUUCCUCAAAUGUGACAUGUCAAUUCACGAUGUGACUGUGAGUGCAGCGGAGACACAGGCCAUUGUAGAUGAGGCUCUGGGGCUGAGGAAGAAGAGGCAAGCGUUGAUCGUGCGGGAGAAGGAACCGGACCUGAAACUAGUGCAACCCAUUCCUUUCUUCACGUGGAAGUGCCUUGGAGAGAGCUUGCUGGCCAUGUACAAUCACCUCACCACUUGUGAACCCCCAAGGCCCAGCCUUGGCAAGAGGAUUGACCUGUCUGACUACCAGGACCCCAGCCAGCUACUAGCAUCCUCUGUAGUGGUUACACCUAUCAGUGUGGUCCAGCCAAAUCCUGUUAGCACCAACCCAACUGUCACUGUGGCUGAGCCUGUGCUGUCCUAUACCUCUGUGACCACAGCCAGCUUCCCACUGCACAGUCCUGGUCUGCUGGACACAAAUGCUCCCAUGGGUGAUGUUUCUGGGGGAGAUAAAUCUAAGAAAGGUGUAAAGCGUAAGAAGACUUUAGAAGAGAGUGGAGAGACAGCAAAGCGGAGGUCUGCCCGUGUCCGAAACACCAAGUGCAAAAAGGAAGAGAAAGUGGAUUUCCAGGGGCUUCUGGUAAAGUUCCUGCCGUCCAGGUUAAGAAAACUGGACCCUGAGGAGGAAGAUGACCCAUUUAAUAACUAUGAAGUUCAGUCAGAAGCCAAGCUGGAGAGCUUCUCAAAUGUGGGGCCUCACCGACUAUCCUUUGAUUCGGCCACAUUCAUGGAAUCUGAGAAGCAGGAUGUGCAUGAGUUCCUGAUGGAGAACUUGACCAAUGGGGGCAUCCUGGAGCUGAUGAUGCGCUAUCUGAAGAGCAUGGGCCACAAGUUCUUGCUGCGGUGGCCCCCGGGCCUGGCAGAUGUCGUUCUUAGCGUCUACCACAGCUGGAGGAGGCAUAGCACCAGCCUGCCCAACCCAUUGCUGAGGGACUGCAGCAACAAGCACAUCAAGGACAUGAUGCUAAUGUCUCUCUCCUGCAUGGAGCUCCAGCUGGACCAGUGGCUGCUGACCAAAGGCCGAAGCUCGACAGUGUCCCCCCGGAACUGCCCUGCUGGUGUGGUGACAGGUAGGUUUGGGCCUGACUUCCCAGGAACCCACUGCCUGGGUGAUCUCCUGCAGCUGUCAUUCGCCUCGUCUCAGCGGGACCUCUUUGAGGAUGGCUGGCUGGAGUUUGUUGUCCGCGUGUACUGGCUGAAAGCGCGUUUCUUGGCGUUGCAGGGAGACAUGGAACAAGCCCUGGAGAAUUAUGACAUCUGCACAGAAAUGCUCCAGAGUUCCAGUGCCAUCCAGGCAGAGGCAGGAGCUGAGCAAGGGGACAUUGUCAUCCGGCUGCCCAACCUUCACAAUGACUCUGUUGUUUCUCUGGAGGAAAUUGAUAAGAACCUGAAGUCUCUGGAAAGGUGCCAGUCGCUGGAGGAGAUCCAGCGGCUGUUUGAGGCAGGUGACUACAAGGCAGUGGUGCAGCUGCUCCGGCCCACCUUGUGUACCAGUGGGUUUGACCGAGCCAAACACCUGGAGUUUAUGACUUCCAUUCCUGAGAGGCCAGCCCAACUGCUUCUACUGCAGGACUCAUUGCUCCGGUUGAAGGACCACAAACAGUGUUUUGAAUGUUCUGACGUGGCUCUGAAUGAGGCUGUCCAGCAGAUGGUGAACUCAACUGAAUCUGCAGCCAAGGAAGAGUGGGUGGCCACGGUGACCCAGUUGCUGCUAGGCAUCGAGCAGGCACUGUCAUCAGACAGCAGUGGCAGCAUCCUAAAGGAAUCUUCCUCAACCACCGGCCUUGUCCGGCUCACCAACAACCUCAUCCAGGUCAUUGACUGCAGCAUGGCUGUACAAGAGGAGCCCAAGGAGCCCUAUGUUUCCUCAGUGCUGCCCUGGAUCAUUUUGCACAGGAUUAUCUGGCAGGAAGAAGACACCUUCCGUUCCCUGUGCCACCAACAGCAGCUCCAGAACCCGGCAGAGGAAGGGAUGUCGGAGAUGCCCAUGCUCCCAUCUUCCCUCAUGCUGCUCAACACAGCACAUGAAUACUUGGGCAGGAGGUCCUGGUGCUGCAAUUCAGAUGGGGCGCUGCUGCGAUUCUACGUACAAGUCCUCCAAAAGGAACUUGCUGCAUCUGCCUCUGAAGACACUCACCCCUACAAGGAGGAGCUGGAGACUGCCUUGGAGCAGUGUUUCUACUGCCUGUACAGCUUCCCCAGCAAGAAGAGCAAGGCCAGAUACCUGGAGGAACACUCGGCUCAGCAGGUGGAUCUUAUAUGGGAGGAUGCCCUGUUUAUGUUUGAGUAUUUUAAGCCCAAGACCCUUCCUGAAUUUGAUAGCUACAAGACCAGCACUGUUUCUGCUGACUUGGCUAACCUGCUGAAAAGAAUUGCUACCAUCGUGCCCCGCACAGAGAAGCCAGUCCUGAGCAUGGAGAAAGUCUCUGCCUACAUUGAGGGAACUUCCACCGAGGUGCCCUGCCUUCCAGAAGGGGCAGAUCCCACUCCUCCGGUGGUGAAUGAGCUCUACUACCUCCUGGCUGAUUAUCAUUUCAAAAACAAGGAGCAGUCUAAAGCCAUCAAGUUCUACAUGCACGAUAUUUGCAUCUGCCCCAACAGGUUCGAUUCCUGGGCAGGCAUGGCUCUGGCCCGGGCCAGCCGAAUUCAGGACAAGCUGAACUCCAAUGAACUGAAGAGCGAUGGACCCAUCUGGAAACAUGCCACACCUGUUCUGAACUGCUUCCGGAGGGCCCUCGAGAUUGACAGCUCUAAUUUGUCCUUGUGGAUUGAGUAUGGCACCAUGUCCUAUGCCUUACACUCAUUUGCUUCCCGCCAGCUGAAGCAGUGGAGAGCCGAGCUGCCUCCGGAGCUUGUACAGCAGAUGGAGGAUCGGCGCGACAGCAUGCUGGAGACAGCCAAACACUGUUUCACAUCUGCAGCCCACUGUGAGGGCGAUGGCGAUGAGGAGGAAUGGCUCAUUCACUACAUGCUGGGCAAGGUGGCCGAGAAGCAGCAGCAACCACCAACUGUGUACCUGCUGCACUACCGGCAGGCUGGCCACUACUUGCACGAGGAGGCUGCCCGUUACCCUAAGAAGAUCCACUACCACAACCCGCCUGAGCUGGCCAUGGAAGCCCUGGAGGUGUACUUCCGGCUCCAUGCUUCCAUCCUGAAGCUCCUGGGCAAACCUGAUUCUGGGGUUGCUGCGGAGGUCCUGGUCAGCUUUAUGAAGGAGGCAGCAGAAGGACCUUUUGCCAGGGGCGAGGAGAAGAAUACACCCAAAGCUUCCGAAAAGGAGAAGGCCUGCCUGGUGGAUGAGGACUCCCACUCUUCAGCUGGGACACUGCCGGGCCCUGGAGCCUCCCUCCCCUCCUCCUCUGGCCCAGGUCUGACAUCCCCACCUUACACAGCCACUCCGAUUGACCACGAUUACGUCAAAUGUAAAAAACCCCAUCAGCAGGCGACGCCGGACGGUUCCGAAGGAAGAAUGGAAGGGCCACGGGCACUGUCUGCCUCUGCCCCUGUCCGCAGAAGCCCUUGUGAAACUGACCUCAGCCAUGAUGAGAGGGCAGACCGAAGCCAGGACAGCACCGCUGUGGCCCUGUCAGACUCCAGCUCGACACAGGACUUCUUUAAUGAGCCCACAAGUUUGCUGGAGGGUUCUCGAAAGCCCUUUGCAGAGAAGAGGCUAUCUGGACUCAGUGCUCCAGCAGGACCAACUGGUAAAGAUCUUCCAGGGCCCACAGAGGAAAGAG